CGAGGAGGAGCAUCUGUAUCAGUGUAGAGAGUGAUGGAGGGCAGCAGGUUGCUAUAAAACACGCGUUUUCCGCUUGCAGAGUGAGGUGAAGGGACCGCAGGUGCCCUUGCGGAAAAUUCCGUCUGCUGCAAGGGAAAGAAGAGGAGAGGUGAGGGAGGAAGAAACAGAUGAACAAAUGGCCAAGACGAGGUGAUGGAGUGUUGGAGGUGCUCAGUAAAUGACUGAGAUUGCCCGAGAGUGAAGUUCAACCUGGUGGUCAGCUGGUUUGAGGGAAAGCAGGUGUCUUCUCUAAAGUUUCAAAAUGGAGUCCGCUCACCUCUUGGGUGGCUCUAAGAAGAGAGUAAAGAUCCACCCUCACACUGUUACAGCCAAAUAUGCCACCCACACACCCUAUGCCCCCCAGCCAGGAGUACACACACACUUUCCCCAACCUGGGGAUGAUGGCUAUGACGAUGCUCCAUCUUUUGAGGACUUUGGCUCAUUCGUGGAGGAGACGUCAGACAAGAAACAGCUGACAGAGAGCAGGAAGUGGCCCCUGACUCUUUUUGGCUCAAGACACAAUGACAAAGAUACAGCCCACAAACUUCAAACCGUGGUGGGAGGAGAAGGGAGUGAGGGUAGUGCCAAAGCAGCAAAGGGGUCUGGGAAAGGGGUUGGGGAACAGCUAGCCAGUUUCGGUGAGGCUUCUGUGUCUGCAUCUCGACUCACCUGGGUGGGCCUGCUCGGUGCGGCGCUGGCACAUGGCAGCUUGAUUGUUCUGACCCGAGUGGCCUCCGAACGCUUCAGCCUCGGCCCCCUGUUUCUACUCUUGGUUCGGUCCAUUGUACAGCUCCUGUCUCUGGCUGUACCACUGCACAGGGGGGAGAACCCUUUUGGGCCAGAGGGCUAUCGACUACGUCUACUCUGUUACGGCAUCGCCUACUCCCUCUCCCUUUGUUGCGCCUACUCUUCCUUAACAUUCGUCUCUCCUGGAAAUGCUACAACAACCUGGCGCCUGGCGACCACAGCGCUAUCAGCGACCCUUGCCUUCCUGCUCUUAGAAGAGAGGCUGGGAUUGGCUGAUGGGAUCACCAUAGCUGCAGGGCUGUGUGGCUUGGGGCUUGUGUUACUUCCUGCAGUAGAUGAGACCAAUUCAGAUUUGCCAACUGAUCCGGCUGUGUUCUGGAGGGGUGCAUUUGGAUGGUCUCUUUCAGCGCUUGCAGGGCUGUGGAUGGCACUAGCGUUGGUUGGGUAUCGUUCCCUGAAGGAGAGGGUGGGAGUUGGGACUGCUUUGUUCACAGUAAGCUGGACAGGCUGCUUACUUGCCCCAGCCUCUUUGGCCCUGCUACAAGAGGGUUGGUCCUGGCCAAUGAGUGUUGAAGCCUGGUUGCUGGUCUUGGGCCUCGCAGCCUGCUCGGUCGUAGCCUUCCUGGGAAUGACGCACGCCCUCACCCGACUCCACCCGGCUCUGGUUUCCGCCUCUCAGAGCUUGGAGAUACCCAUCGCCAUGCUCCUGCAUCUGGCUGUACUGCCACUGGCUCCUACUGCACCAGAGGUCGUGGGGAGCGUGAUGGUCAUCCUGAGUGUCGGUUGGCUGGUAGCAAUGAAGCUGCUCCCCUCUCGAGUUGGUGGGCGUCGGCAGAGGGAGGAGUAUGAGGAGAUUCUGGACUCACCCAUCAAAUAGACACUCCUCUCACCUUGCAGCACUGUCACUCUUAUCCUUCACUUGCUCCUUCAUGAGAUUGUUUCCAGUGUACACGAGAGACUUCUAAGUGUUUAUUGAAGCUUUUUUUGGUAUCAUCCUCUUUGCUUUUGGAAAAGUGCCAACAUGGUGUUGUCUGUUACAGUGACCAAGUGAUGUGAUAUUAAAAUCUCUGAUGAACACAGCACAUUCCUGUAGCCACUUGUAAUCACUAUCACCCUCAUUUCCCCCCACCCCACGUGUGUGUGUGUGUGUGUGUGUGUGUGUGUG